CUCUCCUAAAGAAAAUGCACAAUUGAACUGCAGUGACGAAUAGGCUAGAAAAGAGAUUUCCUCCAGUCAUUUAUAUUUUAAUAAGUGUAGCUAUUGUCAAAGAUAUAAAGUGAACAAAGAGUGACACACUGACAAACGUCCCGCAUUGGUUAUGUCCCUAUAAUCGAAAGAAUAUUAUUAAGGGGUUCUUAAAUUGUUCUUCACACUGUUGGUUAUGUUCUAACAGCAACACGUAUACACUCAUCUCAGAUUAUGUUACACCAUAUAGUUUUAUCACAUUAUGGACAUCUAGUCCUGGGUUUAAAGGCCAUCAUGAACGAAGAUCCCUGAUAUGAUCGUGAUCCAGAUAUUCAGACAUCUCUGAAGGCGUCGUAUUACGUAAUAAGGGGGCUGGGCAUACCCAGAAAGGAGGGGGAAACGUAGGAGGAUACGUGAAAACAUACACUCGCACACAAAGUGACUAUUUUACAGUCUUGGAUUUUGACAGCUAUUGUACACACAGACCUACUGACAGACAGAUUCCGGACAUUUAUAAAGAGGGAAAGGGAACGGGAAGUACCCAUACUACAUUGUAUUCGUUUUAUACGGCGAAAGAGACGACAAGGUUCUACAUGUUGUCGCUACUCGUCCUAUGGGAGCUGCGUGCUGUUUACAUCCGAGCUGUGGCUAUUAAAACCCAAGCCACGUGCUGAAGCUGGGGAGUAAGGACCAUGUGGCUAUUGUAAACACUGCUUCCCUGUGGGUGUUCAUCCGCUCUAACGUGCUAUUUCUGUAUCUUUGACCACCAAAUAUAGCUUAAAUUGUCUGCUUGCUGUAAUUGUAAGUUUGUAAGAAAAGUUGUUUUUAACUCUUUGCUUGUUUGUCCAUGAGCCCGUAGUAUCGCGCUUCCAUUGUGCUGUGCGGAGGGACUACAUUAGCCUGUAAUGUUAUGUCACCAGCACUGUUUGCAUGGAGCUCCUGUUCCAUCCGCCUCAUACACUAAUCUCCAGUAGUGAAGGAAGCAUUUAGAGCUUUUGUUUAAGCAAAAGUAGCACAACUUUAUUGUCAAAAUACUCUGUACAAUUUCUGCAUUCAAAAUCUUACUUCAGUAAAUGUACAACAGUAUGCAUAAAAUAUGCCACCUAUAUUACCCAAGUAUUCCAGCUGAUCAAGGAGGAGUGUUUUUAUUUACUUUAUACUGCUGCUGGAUAUCUUACUUGAAGUGUUAUGAAUUAAGGUUUUUUAUUGUUGGAUUUUGAAGCUGUCAGAUAAAUGUAGUGGAGAAUAAAGUACUAUAUUGGCUUCCAAAUUGUACUUGAGUAAAUAUAAUGUACUGUAUCCUCCCACUGAUAAUUAGGAUGUCCAGACACUUAUCAGCUUAAAUGCCACUCUUGUUAUAGGAAAGGCCAGGUUCCCACAUGAUAAAGAGCAGGUUGUGUUCCUUUUCUCUCAGUUACAGCAGUUUAUGGGAUGGUGACAGGCAUCAGUGUGAGGGAGCGGCAUUAUCAGGUUGUCUUUUGUUUCAGGGAUGUAAGCUCACCUAAACUCAAUAAAAGUAGGCUAUGGACAAAAAUGCCGUCACAUUAAUGUUCGCUUCCAACAAUUUAGUAACCACUAUAUCACUGCUCUAUCAACUAUGGAUACUCAUCUUUCAAUAUAAUAUCAAUACGUUUUGUUACAAUUUAGCAAUACUGAGACUGCCACUGUGCAAUGCAGCCACACACAUUUCUAUUUCUAACAUUUUAAUAUCAAUCUUUUUAGAGGAAUUGGUACAAAUCAAUCAUUAUGAUUAAUCUACAGAUUAUUUUAUAUAUUAGAUCGAGAUUCAUUGUUUUUUCAAAAUUCUUGUCAUAUUUUACAACAGCCAAGUAGAUGUAUUCAUGUUGCUUGUUUUAGUUCACAAAAAGUUCAAAACCCAAAUAUAUUCAGUUUACCAUCGUAUAAAAAAGAAAAGCCAAAACAUAUCUUCAGAAAUGGUUUGUAGAUAUAGAUAUUAGCUUUUUUAACCAUCUUCAUUUUUCUAUUUCAGAAGAGGUUCAGAUUAACACAGCAGUAGUUUAACCGGAGAGAUUUAUAUAUUCUAAUUUCAUAAAAAAAGUAUUUUCACAUGCAUGUUCAACCUGCUUAUGACCCUUUCAUACCGGAAACUACAAUUGCAGUCAUGUGAUAGGAGUGCUAAAAAGUGGUUAACCCAAUCUUAACCUAAAGCUGCAACUGUAGAAUCACAGUUUUAUCAAUGCUUAACGUAGAAUAAUUGCAUCGUUUUUUUUUGGUCAUUGAAACAUGCUUUUUAGCUAAAUAUAUAUUACAUACUUUUUAUGGUUACAUACAUAUUUUUAUUCUAUUUUAUGUUAUUGGACAUUUCAUUGACACUUCUUAUGUCUAUGUAAAUAUUUUAAUUUUAUUAUAUUACAUGAUUGUUUGCACCUUCUUACUGCCCAAGGUUUUUAUAUAUUUUAUUAUUUGUUUAAUUUAUUUUAAUUAAAAAAAAUUUUUUUUUAAAUAGAGCAACUGUCAUAAAAAAAAAUUGAGCAACUGUCAUAAAAUCAAACCCCCCCCUCAACAUACAUUAAGUAUUCUUAUUCUGAUAUUAUAGUAACCUGUGCUUUCAUUCCAAAGCAGAGCGAUGUCAGACCAGUAACGAACACAGAAUGGAUGCAGUGAGAUAUUAAUAAAGGGAUAUUAACCUGUUGGAUGCUGGAUAUGUCAGCGGAAGCCAGUUUUCUUUUACAGAUAUUCAAGGGCAUGCGUAGGUGUGACUGUAUGUGACAGAAAGCUGGAGCCGACACAAACAAGGAGCCUUAAAGCUCAUCCUGAAGGGCCUGAGCUGAUUUGUCAGCCUUGUGCAGGUUUGAUUUUUGCCCCCCAAGUGUCCUCUGGAUAUCAGCUGACCAUGGUUGUCUGAAGAGAGGGAAACCCGGCGCAGUGUGUGUGUGUUCAGAGAGAGGAACAGAGACGGAGUGGAGCGAAGAGAAAAGCUUAUUCAAACACAAAAUGUCUCAAAACAGAGAACUGGUGGUUUCCUACAUUAACUAUAAACUCUCCCAGAGAAAUUAUCCGCUCAAUCACAUGGAACUCUUAGAGCAUCCGAACAGGACUGAUGGGGGGGAGGCAGGGUUGGGUGAGGAGCAGCGGGUAGCGACGCACGCCAACGGGACUGUAAAUGGCACAAGUCCCGGGACCCCGCCGGCAUCCCCGCUGAGGCAACAGUUGCCUUCAACGACGGACCUGGACCCGGUGAAGGAGGCCCUCCGGGACUCGGCCAACGAGUUCGAGCUGAGGUACUCCCGCGCCUUCAGCGAUCUGCACAACCAGCUGCACAUCACUCCGGCCACCGCGUACCAAAGCUUCGAGAAUGUCAUGGAUGAGGUGUUCCGGGACGGAGUCAACUGGGGCCGCAUCGUAGGGCUUUUUGCUUUCGGAGGGGCGCUGUGCGUGGAGUGCGUGGAGAAGGAGAUGAGUCCGCUGGUGGGCAGGAUCAUCGAGUGGAUGACCGUCUACCUGGACAACCAAAUCCAGCCCUGGAUCCAGAGCCAAGGAGGAUGGGAGAGCUUUGCGGAGAUGUUCGGGCAGGACGCGGCGGCAGAGAGCCGGCGGUCUCAGGAGAGCUUCAAGAAGUGGCUGCUGGCGGGGGUGACCCUGGUGACCGGCGUGGUGGUGGGCUCGCUCAUCGCACAGAAGCGCCUGUGAAGACCCACACCCACCUACACACAAGAUAAAAUGAAGGUCCCGUUUGUUUCAUCAGAACUGCUGAUGAUGUUUACCCCCCCUUCCUCCCUCCACACACACAUCUAAGGACUCCUCCCAGGUGAACUUUGAGAAAAAGCCAGACUCUUUGUAACCCUCGUGCGGUUAUAAAGAGUUUUCCUUUCGUCCACUGAAUCGAUCAUUCCUUCUUCUCCUCCUCUCCUUCUGUCUUUAUGUUUGUACGCAUUAGUUUUAACAAAUUUUUGGUUUCCUAAUUUUGCUCUCACAAAGAGGCUGAAACUGACUCCCGUCUUUGAAGAUAUAAAGAGUGUGUGUCGGGCCCUGGCUGCUCUGUGUGUUCACCCCCCCCCCCCUACAGAAGGCUCCACGUAUGAGCCUAAUGGAGAGUGAAAGCAGGGACGAUGUAGCACCUGCUCUCUGAACAGCUUCUGUAUUUCAGAAUUAUCAUAACCCAUACACCAUCAUUGUCUGUCCUUGUCCUUCAUUCUUACUGGUUCUGUUUGAGUGUGAAAAAGAGUGGUGCAGGGAUCAAACUCGACCGCCCCCUGCCCCCACUGAUCACACACUCAGACCUGUGUGUGUUUUCUCAGCCUGCAGACCGUCAGUUUGUUGUGAACGACUGCAUCCAUGUUCCCCUCACAGUGGCUGGCAGCAGAUACUGUAGCAACACGAACACACGCCAUAGAGAUCUGGCUGUAAAACUUUUAUUUUGGCAACCCUUUAUUUCAACCCUCCCUAUUUAGCAUCUAUAAGCACAUGUAAACAUUUAAUAAUUUGGUUUCUAAAACACUAUACAAGUGCUUAUCAAUGUACAAGUAAACAAUUAUAACUUCUCCCUCAAUGCGUCUGAUAGGUAAACAUUGAUAAAUUGAUUUCAAAUGCUAAAUUGUCAUAGUAUAUAAUUGUUGAAAACUACAUUAAUAAACACUUAAAUAUCCUUAUGUCUGUUUACAACUACAUUAUGAUGCGUUGUAAACAAUUUACUUACUGUUUAAAGAGCUGAAAAGCUGCAUAAAUAUUCUGGUUCAAUGUGAGGAUUUGCUGCUUGUUUUCUAAUGUCAUGUUAUAUGAUUGUAAAUUAAACUGUUGGUGUGUUGAAAGAAGACAUUUGAAGACUUGAUUUAACAAAGGUUUUGCUGUUUUUCUGACAUUUUUAUAGACUAAAUGAGGUUGGAAAAACCAACAAGUAGAGAAAAUACUUUGUGUCAGUAGGGUUAAAAUAAAGUGUUUAUCAUUUCUGUGCUAAAUUUGCAAUAAAAUCCUAAUCAUGUGCUGCCAUGCUCAAACAGGAGACCAUUUUUCCUCUGUGCUAACUCAAUAAUCACUCCUUAUUAUAAACCGUCAGUCAAAUUUACAUUUAUCACAGUUUUUCCACGUACACAUCAUAGCCUUUUCUGUAGCAAAGUGAAGAGACAAAGCAGUUCUGCCUCACGUGUGUUUGGAGUUUAAUUAGUGUCUGUUUAUCAGCCAAUCAGCAGCUGUCAGCGUCUGCAGGACACACACCUUACCAUCUCACACACUUUCACUCCAAGUUAUCCAGCCGUAGCUCUCAGUGUCCCCCCUCCUUCUCCUACCCUGUCUCCCCCAGACACUUCAAAUCUGUCAGAGUUCCAUCCGUCUCCCCCCGUUCCCUCUGCAUCCGGCUCCACCUCCUCCUCCUCUGUGAUUCCCCUGGCUGUCACUGCACCUAGUCACGUGUGUCAGUCACAGCUGGCCCUACACACACACACACACACACACACACACACACACACACACACACACACACACCUGCCAGUCACGUGUAGUGCGUGAGAGACCAGGAGACGAACACCCCUUCUUUGUUUCCGAACAUUUUUCCAUCUUUAAUUUAAGUCGGAGGAGGGUUUGUCGCCUGGUGUUUCACGCACCAACAACUGGCAGCUCCAUUAAUUCACUGGGAAGGGGGGGGGGGGCACGCUGUUCCCAGUACCCACCACCCAGUGCUUCAAUCUGGAUCUCAUCCCGAAUACUGUCUCCAGUUUACAGCAUUUCCUCGUGUGUUACAACAGCUCAGUACGGGCGGUAUAGAGUGAACAUUUAAUGAAUUCAUUAAGAUUCCCAAUGUGUUAUUUUCAUGGCCUAGAAAAUCAAUAUUAGUGAACAUGAGCGUCUCUCUCAAAUCUAGAACCAGAGAGAUAAAUCUGCGUCCCAGACACCUCGGAGUUCAACAUUUUUCCAGUUUAAAAAUUCUGACGUCUGACCUCCACGUGCUUUUCUCCGAAGUGCAGCCUCCACAUUUUUGGAGCAUUUGUGAUUUAUCUCAAAUUGCUGCAGAGAAGAUCAUCUACAGAGAUUGUAAUCACUGUUUUAGAACACUAGCAAGAUAUUUUAAUAUAGAUUGAGGGUUGAAACUAUGCAUUAGCUUGUAUUUCUUUAUUUAAAUACAGACUUAAAUAUUUGAUGUUGUGCGUUUCUAUAUUGGUGUGUGACGUCAGACCGCUACCUCUUUGUGACGUCAGAGUAGAUUUGACUUCAGGUGGCGUUCCAUUCUUCUUUUUUUAGUAGAAGGUCGUCAUUUUCAAAUUUCCACGUUGUCUGGAAUGCAGCACAAGCUCCAAUCUUGUCAGGAGGUAAUGCGUCUGGAGCUGCUCCAUAGACAACGGAUGGUAGAUUCAUUUUAUUGACCAACAGAUUUUCUUUUUUUAAUACCCAAAUGAGCAUCAUUCUACUCUUCCAUAUUCACUGAAUAUCCCGGCUGCUCUCGUGUAAUCAUCUCUCACAGUGAAUUGUCUAUGGAGCACUUUUUUAUGACAUCACAAAUAAUGUUUUUGGGAAUGUAGGAGUUCAUGUUUGCUACUAUUUUUCGACUGUCUUAGUACAUAGAAAGAACAUGUACACACUUUUUGAAGUUGGGCAAAAUUCACAUUUAAAGUAAUGACCUGUAGAAAAAGAAUCAUCUGGAUUUUGGCAAGAAACAUCCAUCUCAUGUCUCUUCAUCCACCUCUACUCCUUUUCAUCCUCAUGUUCACUGAAUCAUGUACAUCUAUAAACACUUGUGGAUUUCCCUUUCUAAUCUGAUGGAAAUAAAUAUGUCAACCAAUAAAAAACAAACUGACUAUUGCUGAGUUUCCUCUGAAGCCUCGUGUCCGGAGCGUCAUAUUAGCCAAGGUCUGCUCUCUUACAUUCCAGUUCAGUAUAAAUCUAUUUUUCUAGUGUAUGCCCCACCGAGAAGCUGUUCCCGGCCCGUCACUCAAACAAACCUCCGCCCCUCCUGCACAUAAUGUGUGUGUGUGUGUGUGUGUGUGUGUGUGUGUGUGUGUGUGUGUGUGUGUGUGUGUGUGUGUGUGUGUGUGUGUGUGUGUGUGUGUGUGUGUGUGUGUGUGUGUGUGUGUGUGUGUGUGUGUGUGUGUGUGUGUGUGUGUGUGUGUGUGUGUGUGUGUGUGUGUGUGUGUGUGUGUGUGUGUGUCUGCAUGCGUGUGAAUUACUUUGCGGCAAAAUGUUCUUGAAGGAGGCACAAAUGAAGGGAGUGUGACAGCAUUGGCACGCCUCUCUAUAUAUAAUAUAUAUAUAUAUGCUAGUUAUUUAAACCGAUUAGAGUAGUGCAUUAGCUUAGUGACAUAUUUAAGGAGAUCGGAAGUGAUGGCUUUUUAAACAUUAUUUAUAUUUGGUGUAAAAAGCAUAAUUGUGCCCCUUCGAAUGGCCUUAAACUCUUUGCAUUGAUGUGCAUUGUGUUUCUUUUUUUUAGGAUUAUUGGAGAACAUGCUAAGUAAAAGGAUAUUUUCAAAACGUUAGCUCUUUUGUCGGCCAUAAAGAGAACACAACUAAAGGUGUCUGUUUGUAUGUCUUAGAAUGCCGUUGUAAAGUUAAUUUACAUUGAACCUAAUAAAGCCAAUGUUGGAACAUGAA